AUGAUGCCGCAAACAAGAACUAGAGUUAUGCAGUGUUUAAUUUAUGCAGCCUUGCUUUUAACUGCGCUUAUUUACACAAAAGCACUAGUUUUAUAUGAUGAAGAAAAUUUCGCUUAUGUUGAAGAUGAACUUAACAGUGUAGACAGUAGCAAAGAAAAUGUAAACGUUCAAAGUUUAAGAAAUGGACGUAUUCUUUGGCCUUAUCCUUUAAACAACAAAAGCGAUCCCAACAAUGAUAAUGAGAAGCCCGAAUCAGUGGAAAAUAGGCAACAUCUAUCUAAGCUUAAAGCACAAAAUAGAAAAGCCAGGUUUGGCUACUGGUCCUACCCUCAAAGCCCCAUAGUAGAUAUGAUGAUGCAAACAUUCGCUGUAAAUUACUCCCCCACAAAUGGAAACGAUCCAUUCGAUUUUUUGAGAGAUUCGUACCCAUUGCCUAAAGGUCUCACCGAACCUUUAGAUGAAUACGAUUACGUCAUAGUUGGUGCUGGCUCUUCGGGCUCGGUGCUUGCGUCUCGACUCACUGAAGAAAAGCCUCGAGCCACUGUUUUAGUAAUAGAAGCUGGAAAACCUGAAAUGCUGUUAUCCGACAUACCAGCAUUAGCACAGUAUCUACAACAAACAGAUUAUGUGUGGCCAUAUAGUAUGGAACACCAACCUGGAGUUUGUAUGGGUAGCGAAGAGCAACGCUGCUAUGUACCGAGAGGAAAAGCUGUAGGAGGUUCCAGUGUCACUAACAACAUGAUUUACGCAAGAGGUCGUCCACAAGACUGGGACAGGAUCGCCGCUGAUGGAAAUUAUGGAUGGUCAUAUAACGACUUAUUACCAUAUUACCUUAAAUCUGAAAGAGCAGAAUUAAAAAAAUACAAAAAUUCACCUUACCAUGGUCGUGACGGAGAACUCACUGUUGAAAAUGUUCCAUUUAAGACUGGUUUAGUAGAAGCUUUUCUUGCAGCUGGCAGAUCUUUUGGAAACCCUACAAUAGACUAUAACGAUCCUGAUCAAUUAGGUUUUGGAUAUGUGCAGACUAUUUCAAAUAAAGGACAUAGGUUAAGUGCUGCAAAAGCCUACCUUCAUCCACACAAGCGUCGUAGGAAUUUACAUAUUCUAACAGAAGCCAGAGCAACGAAGGUUGUUAUAGAACCUCAAACUAAGAGAGCAUAUGCAGUGGAAUAUAUCAAACAUCAUAUUAAACGGACAGUGCGUUGUAGAAGGGAAAUAAUUUUGUCCGCUGGACCAGUAGCUUCACCUCAAUUGCUUAUGCUUUCCGGUAUAGGUCCAAAGGAAAAUUUGCAAACAUUAGGAAUACCAGUCCUCGCAGAUCUAAAAGUUGGAAGAAGCCUUUAUGAUCACAUUAGUUUCCCUGGAGUUGUUUUCAAAUUGAAUACUACAAAUGCGAGUCUUUUAGAACCUAAAGUCGCAACGCUACCAAAUUUCAUGCAAUGGUUACAAUUUGGCGAUGGCCUUUUGACUACGCCUGGUGGAGUUGAAGCUAUUGGCUAUAUUAGAACAGUUUUAUCUGAAGACUCCAAUUUACCAGACAUUGAAUUAACAAGCAUGGGAGGAUCACUUACAUUAGAUGCAGGUGGAGCGAUUAGGAAAAGCUGGAAAAUAUCAGACAGGACAUACCAUAACGCUUUUGGUCAGUUAAGUAGUGUGGAUACAUGGCAAGCUAUACCAACACUUUUGCAUCCAAAAUCUAAAGGCUAUUUAGAACUACGUGACACGAGUCCUUUCUCCCAUCCAAAACUAUACGGCAAUUAUUUAACUGACCCGAGAGAUUUAGUGACGUUAAAGGAAGCCGUCAAUUACGUUAUUAAAUUAGGUGAAUCUGAAGCAUUUAGAAGAUAUGGAGCAUCCUUAUAUUUGCCAAUCUUUCCCACAUGUUCCUCAUAUCCUUCUGGCUCUGAAUCAUAUUGGGAGUGUGCUAUAAGAACUUUAAUUGUUUCCCAACGGGACCUCACAUCUACCUGUAAAAUGGGUCCUCAAACAGAUCCUGACGCUGUGGUCGACCCAGAAUUAAGAGUAUAUGGCACGGUUGGCUUAAGAAUAGUUGACGCUAGCGUUAUACCUCGCCCACUGAGUGGAAAAACAAAUGUCGCAGAAAUUUUAAUAGGAGAAAAGGCUGCAGAUCUAAUAAGAGCGACUUGGUCAAAUGUAAUAGAA